AAUCCACUGGAAACUAUGUCCUUUGCAACUUUUAAAAUUACUAUGAAAAAUUUUUUGUUGACUUAAAAAUGUAUGAGGGUUCUAUAGGUAUUCGUGUAUAGGGUCCAUGAGCAGAAAUUAGGCUGAAGGAUGGGCUUCAGGAUCUGGAAGGAACCUGAUUGAUUAAUCCAUCUUGAUCAGUUUGCAGAGGAGGGCACUGAGGACCAAGGAGAGUGAGUUGAUUUUCCCAAAGUCACAUAGUUGGGCCCAGAACUCAGGUAUCCUUAAGUUCAUUCCUUUCACUACUUCGCAGGCCUCCACUGUGCUCUGAAAUCCCACCACCAAUUUUGAGGAAUGAGGAAGACAAAAAGGGACUGCAAAACAGUUACUGAAUAAUAGGGACAUCUCUUGGGUAGGUUGCACUCCAUACUGUGGCUCCAGCCCCUGUAGUCAGGCCGAGAAGCUAAGUCUUAGGUAUGGCUGAGCCUAGGGUAAUUGGUUAGAAGACACAGCCUAUGUUUUGAUGGCUGAGGAUUUUUCGUCUAGAUCUCCACCCUGCUUUCGCCAUCACCUAGGAGUAAACCUACUUUUGGGGACUCUGAGAGUCCAACCUAAACCAUCACCAUCUCAUAUAAUAUGCCCUUUUCAGGACACUUGAAUUUCAUCUGUUGGCCAUCAUAAUAAACAUACCAAAGAAGGGCCCCCUUUAGAUCUGAUGUCUUGUGCAUUGCACAACCAUGGUUUACACAGCAGCCCUAGACCCAAGCUAACCCCUCAGAGCUCAGACCAGACAAGCUGGGGCUGCGCCAAGCCCCUGAGGUCCCAGUGCAGAAAAGUGGGUAACCCUGCUGACGUGCUUCCCAGGCCUGAGUUGGAAACAAUGCAGUGCACGGCCAUCUUGCUGCAGGCUCAGUGGUGAGCUCCUGUGCUCAGACCUGAGGAGAGAAGCUGGGCCACGAUGAUGAUGAGGCAGACACAGAUUUUUUUAAAUGACCUCCAAGGUUUGGUUAGUUUUAUGUUCCUGACCCCUGAUCUCCCUGUGGAGCAAACACACAGUAAAAUUGGGGUGGGGUAUGGUUAACUGGCUGACCAGACAGGCAGACCCAAGCAGGCUAUGGACAAAGACAACCCGGAACAGCAGGUCUGGCCCUGAAACAUGAACUAGACCAUGGUUACAGCUUGGGACACAGACCUAGAGAGCCAAGGGGACACAGGGCUAACAGGAAAGGACACGGACCGCAAUAAGGACACACACCCAAGGCUGGGACCCUGCUGACGUGGCACCCCUCCACCCUGGCCCCUUACUGCCCCCCGCCCCUCUCCCCCGCCUACCAGCUGCCAACAGGGCUCUGCUCUGUGUCUGCCACACCUGUCACUGCCUGUCCUUGUGCAGGGGGGGCCCCAUCAGCCCCUCCUCAGCUGCCCAGCAGAGCAAGCAGUUAGUGGGGAGGGGAGGGAACAUGGAGCGGGGGCCGGUGGUGGGGGCAGGGCUGGGGGCCGGGGCCCGAAUCCGGGCACUGCUGGGCUGCCUGGUCAAGGUGCUGCUCUGGGUGGCCUCUGCCUUGCUGUACUUUGGGAGUGAACAGGCUGCUCGCCUCCUGGGCAGCCCCUGCUUACGGCGCCUCUACCAUGCGUGGUUGGCAGCAGUGGUCAUCUUUGGGCCCCUUCUGCAGUUCCAUGUCAACCCUCGGACUAUCUUCGCCAGCCACGGCAACUUCUUCAACAUAAAGUUUGUGAACUCGGCAUGGGGCUGGACAUGCACCUUCCUGGGGGGCUUCGUGUUGCUGGUGGUGUUCCUCGCUACACGGCGCGUGGCAGUGACUGCCCGGCACCUUAGCCGGCUAGUGGUGGGGGCAGCUGUGUGGCGGGGGGCCGGCCGGGCCUUUCUGCUCAUCGAGGACCUGACCGGCUCCUGCUUGGAGCCUCUGCCCCAGGGCCUGCUGCUUCACGAGCUGCCCGACCGACGCAGCUGCCUGGCGGCCGGCCACCAGUGGCGGGGCUACACGGUCUCCUCCCAUACCUUCCUGCUCACCUUCUGCUGCCUGCUCAUGGCUGAGGAAGCAGCAGUAUUCGCCAAGUACCUGGCCCAUGGGCUACCUGCUGGUGCACCCCUGCGCCUCGUCUUCCUGCUCAACGUGCUGCUGCUGGGCCUCUGGAACUUCUUGCUGCUCUGUACCGUCAUCUACUUCCACCAGUAUACUCACAAAGUGGUGGGCGCUGCAGUGGGCACCUUUGCCUGGUACCUCACCUACGGCAGCUGGUAUCAUCAGCCCUGGUCUCCAGGGAGCCCCGGCCAUGGGCUCUUCCCUCGCCCCCACUCCAGCCGCAAGCACAACUGAAAGAAAUAAAGGCACAUUAGGCCUGGC